AGUACUACGUGAGUCAAUGACGUAUUAAUCAUUUAUCGUAAUACAAAUGUGAUACUUCACGUGUAGAAGGUGCCUUCUUUCGUAUAAACCCAUAGAUAUUAAAAGAAACAAAAAGUAAUUUAUAACAUAUAUUAUGGGUUUAGUGCGGUUAACCAUUAAAGCUAGUCUAGUUGGUGGUAUUAUUUAUUAUUCUGUACAAGAAGGUCUUUGGUCAAAACAUGAUGAAAGUCUUAAGGUUUAUGAUAAAAUACAUAAAAAUGUAGAUCCAUAUUUAAAGGGUAGUGUACCUACAGAAAUUACCAAAGGGAUUCCAUCGAUACCCAAUAUCACAGAUUUUAAACAUUGGCUAACAACGAAAUGGAAUACAGGAGUUAUAACGAGUAUUAAAUUUGUUGCGGAAAGUCCUUCGCAUAUUGCAAAUGCUUAUGAAACUGUUUCUAAAUUUACUAAGGAAAAGACAGAACAGUUGACUAAAACUGAAUAAAUAUUGUGUUCACUUUAUUAGUCGUAUUAUAUAAAUUUUAGAAAAAUAUUUGUUAUCGUCCUAUCGCAAUAAAUGUUAUAUAAUAUAUAUAUUAUAGAUUUACAUUUUUGUGCAAGAUAUUUAAUAAACAUAUUUGUUUUUUUUUCUUCUCUUUUUCAUUUACAUAUUAUACAAUAUAAUAAUAAAAAUGAUAAAGAACCAUUGAACGUAA